UGACUUUUGGUUGGUCCUUCUUUGUCUUCUCUCGUCGACUCUUCUUGCUUUCUCCUCCUCCCAGAUAGACGGGCGUUGCUGGCUGUCCAGAGAAUUUUAUUUGUUGAUUCGUUUUUGAAUUCACAUUUUGAAGUCGAAGAAGAGAAAGAUUGAGAGCUUAGAGAACUACAAACGCCACCAACUAAAGCCCCUUCUCUAGAAUUUCAAAUCAUUUCAUUGAUACUGUUUGUAUACUGAAACUGUUCGUCUGAUGACUUCCAACGCUCCGUCAUCGAGCUCCGGAGGCCCUGGAUCGGCCGAUUCAUCAGCACCCAGAAGAAAUUCCAAGCGACCCAAAUGAAGAUGAAUGCAUCGAUAAAGACUAAAAAGUGAUUCAAUUCAAGGUGAAGUUGCUACAAGGACACUAGGAAGGCCAAAAAGAACAUGGAUUCAAGGUUUACUCAACAGGAACUUCCGGCUUGCAAGCCAAUUCUUACACCAAAAUGGGUGAUUUCAGCAUUCAUGCUUGUUAGCAUAGUCUUCAUUCCCAUUGGAGUUGCUUCCCUGUUUGCUUCCCAGGAUGUUGUAGAAAUCGUUGAUCGGUAUGAAACUGACUGCAUACCACCAACUCUGAGAAGUGAUAAGGUCAAAUACAUACAGAGCCCCGGAAAUAAAACCUGCACCAGAACACUGAGUGUGCCGAAGCAUAUGAAACCGCCUAUUUAUGUGUAUUAUCAGCUUGACAACUUCUACCAGAAUCAUCGCAGGUAUGUAAAGAGCCGAAGUGAUGAGCAGCUGAGAGAUGCCAGUAGUGAGAAUGAUAAUAGCGCUUGCAAACCUGAAGAUAAUGCGAAUGGGAUGUCGAUUGUGCCUUGUGGUCUUAUAGCUUGGAGUUUGUUUAAUGACACAUAUAGCUUCUCCCGCAACAACCAGAUAUUGACAGUAAACAAGAAGGGCAUCUCUUGGAAGAGUGAUAGGGAUCACAAGUUUGGGAAAGAUGUUUACCCUAAAAAUUUUCAGAAUGGAACUCUUAUAGGUGGCGCGCAUCUCAAUUCGUCCAUACCUUUGAGUGAGCAGGAAGAUCUCAUUGUUUGGAUGCGAACUGCAGCUCUUCCAACUUUUAGGAAAUUGUAUGGGAAGAUAGAGGUGGAACUUCAGGCAGAUGAAGUCAUACAGGUGACAUUAGAGAACAAUUACAACACCUAUAGUUUCAAAGGCAAGAAAAAGCUUGUGCUUUCUACCGCCAGCUGGCUAGGUGGGAAGAAUAAGUUUCUUGGUGUUGCAUACCUCACUGUUGGUGGAUUGUGCUUCUUUCUGGCUAUGGCUUUCACAGUCGUAUAUCUAGUUAAGCCAAGGCGACUUGGAGAUCCUUCUUAUUUGUCGUGGAAUCGGAACCCAGGAGGCCACUAAGCAAGCUCAUGAAACUUCUUCGGACUGUUUGCCCCAGGUAUUUGUAGUUCGGAAUGGUGCAUGUAAAAUUGUGUAUGAAGUGAAACCCUUCUUAUAGAACCUCAGUUGGAAGCAGUUUGAUUGUUUGGAAUUUGAUUUUUGUCGCAAGGGUGACAUCCGAAAAUUCAUUGUAUACAAUUGCAGUCAUUUUAAUUAUAUUUUGGCUCUCAAUUUCUCUCAAAA